AUGCUCAACGAAUUGAACGAAGCAGGGAAGAGAAUAGGACUACGAAUAAACAGAAAGAAGGCACAGUUCAUGAAGAACGCCUCCUGCGAGGACGGAGGAGUACAACUUGAAGGCUCCCAAAUAGUGGAAACUUCGUCAUACGUAUACCUCGGACGUUCCAUGAACGUGGAAAACGACUUUAAGGAAGAACUGAAUAGAAGAAUGAGAGCAGCAUGGGCAGCCGUCAGGGAAGCUACGGACCAACUGACAGACCAAGACCUUCGUGCCCAUCUGUUCGACUCGACCGUUCUUUCAGCGCUCUGUUACGCAGCGGAGACGUGUGCACCGCUGCCAUGUCUAGGAAGCUACUUACUACCCACAGAGCCCUUCAGAGAUGUCUUCUGA